AUCGAGAUGCCAAAAAAUGAGAAUACACUGAAAAGAGGUCAGGCGUGUCUGAGUUGCCGCAAAAGAAAAGCACGAUGUGAUGGAGAGAAACCAGCGUGUGGGAACUGUAUAAAAGGUAAUAAGGAAUGUGUAUACAUCGAUAUAUCGGGCAGAAAUGCAGCUGUACGGAAAGAUAAGGUACAGAAACUAGAGGAGAGGAUACGUGAUCUGGAACAAAGACUAGAAUCCCAACACAUCUCACCGGCGAUGGAAAAUGAUAUCGCCGAUGACGAGCUAUUAGAUAACUAUAAUAUGGAUACGACAUCUAGUUUAGCAGGGUUUUCGGGUGUGUUUGCUUCACCAGCACAUCAGUUUCAUGCUACUUUAACGCCUCCACCAUCAAAUUCAUUAGCGUCGAUAGAAUGGCCAUACCCACCCUUAGAUUUAACGUUACAUUUAGUAGACACAUUUUUCAAUAGUUGCCCUUUCGUUGCUCAUCAUUUGCACAAACCGACUUUUUUUCAGAAAGUUUUACUUCCAUCAAGCCAUCCAGAGGCCCCUCAUCCAUCACUGAUAUACGCAAUACUUGCUUGUGCAAGUAGACACUCUCCCCGUACAAGUAAUCCGGAAGUAGAUGAUGAGAUUUUUCUUUACACAAAGAAUCACAACACCUUCUUUGAUAUGGCAACUUCUAUAGCUAUACAAUGUUUAGAAGACGAGUCAGUAUCGAGAAACACUAUCGAAGAAAAAGCGAAGACAAUUAGUGCAAUUUUGAUCAUUAUUUAUUUAAUGAAAACUGAAGGGAAAGCCAUCAAUUUGCAUCGAUUCAAUGCAUUGGGUAUGAGGGGAUUGAUCUCUUUGCGCUUUCACAUCGAUCAGAGUAUGACAAAUGCGCGCCAUCAGUUGGUACCCCUUAAGAACUCUUUUGAUAAGGAGCAACGAAAAAGAAUGAUGUUUUUAUUCUACAUAUUUGAUGUUUUAUAUUCAAGUGAUCAUGUUGCAUAUCCUGGGAAUCUUAGCUCAAGACAUAUCCUUUUACGUUUACCUGUUCCUAGUGAAGUGUUCGCUCGGGCGACACGUGAUACUAUCAUACUUGAUCGAGGACCAUUUAUCAAUUCGCCAUCUUGGUUUGAAGAAAGACAUAUGGAUGGAUUUCAAUGUGUUAUUAAAUCAACGAUUUUAAUGGACAAGGUUAAUCAAUUCCUUCAUGAAUCUAUUCAGGAGGUCACGAAUCAGAAUUUAUCAGCAUCUAAUCAACUGCCCGCUUUUGGGGAAUUGGACAUGCUUUUAACAAAUCACCAGUCACAACUGCCUGACUGUUGGGAAAACUACAACGGCGGUAAUUUCAACAUCGACAAUUAUUUCGCGCAUGUUAUCGCCCUGAAUGCUCUAAUAAAUUUGCAUAAUGGAUAUAUGCAGGAUCACUUUUCUAAGAGGAGAUUAUUGGGAUGUGUUAAAUCAGCAUUAUCGGUGAUAUACUCGCUCCUCAACACCUCCUUCGAGCUAUCAAAACUACCAGCUUUCGUAACAAGCUUGUAUGUAGGCUUGGCUGAGAUAUUGAUAGCAGCAUACAAUCAGACUAAUGACGCAACCAUGAGAGGAUCGAUCAAGGGGGAGUUAUCUACUUUCAUUGAAGUACUUAAUAGAAUGAAAAAACGGAUUCCAUUGGCAUUUCAUUCGUUACAACGUUUGAGUAAUUCACUCCAAAGGAAUGGGAUUUUUAUCGAUGUAGGAGAAAAAGUAAUCCCGACAUCGAACUAUGUACCUAUUGUGGAGCAUAUAAGUAGUUUUGAUGUCGCUGCACCGAUGCCACAAGACACAGAUAUCUUCAAUUCUUUCGAUAUAACAGAAUUUGGGUGGAUGGAUGAGAAUUUAGGGGAGGAUGUAUUAGCUAGCGUAGGCGAAUACUUGUAAAUAUUAGAUGUUUGUAAAAAUUAAAAUGUACAUUAGAUUAAAUUAUCGUUAUC